UGGAGCUGACACAUAGCUGUCAUUACGUAGACGAAACUAGGUAUAUAUAUAGUUACGACCAUGUAUUCUUCAUAUAUCACUUUAUUCAACAACAACAUCGACAGUAAACUAUUUUCUUACGAAAGGUCAUUCAUCCGUUGGUCUGAAAAUGAUUGAAAUUGAUAUUCCUCACGAUAUUUGUCCAACAACAUUUGUUUGUGAACAAAGUUUGUACACCAAACUGCCAGAAAGAUCUACGUUUAACGGCGACCAAAGGUCAGAUUUAACACCAUCACUUAAAAGUGAUAUUUAUUUGGACGAAGGGCUUCUUUAUACUCUGAAAAUUUUAGUGAAAAAAUACAAAAAACAAAUGGGUGAGCGACCAGAAACAUUUGUAUCGGGAGGACUCCAGCAGUACCUAAUUAAACAAGAAAUGAAACAGAGGAGCUUAAUACACGGCCAGAAAAGCGUUGACCAGAAUGCUUCCAUUUUCCACAAGUUACCUUUGAAUGUGAAACUCCAUAUAUUUUCGUACCUUGGAGUACGUGACCUUUGUCGGGUUAGUGGAGUAUGUAGGGACUGGUAUGAUGUGAGCCAGGACAAUAUAUUGUGGCAGGAAAAACUCGCACGUAACAUCCAGUCCUGGAAUAUUAUUUCUCAUCUCACCAAUCCAGCUAUGUACAAGGAAGUGCAGUCCGAAUGGACCAACAGGGAAAUAUUUCUGAGAUGUUCUCCUGAAAUCAACAGAAUUAUGCAUGAGAGAAACUCCAUGUUGACAAGCAUAUCUAAUAUGCUGCGAUAUUUCCUUCCAAAGAAAGUGCCAAAGAUUGCCAUGUUUGGUCCCGGCCUAGAAUCUGAAAACACCAGCAUUUUAGUCAGACAAAUGCUGACAGCCAGAACAUUAUUGGAACAAGUGGGGAUGGUACCAGGACAGUUUGAUGGUGUUGGUUCUGGCUGGCUCCUGAAGAUGGCAGACUGCAGUAAUUUUCAGCUGUCAGUUCUGUACUCUGCUUCCAAAUCAAUCCGACAGCAACCAGGAUGGGACCGUAUCAAUGGCAAUAACUUAUUGCAGGUAUCAAUACAAGAUGGAGAGGUUGGUGUGGAGCUCAAACCAGCCGUCAAAGAUUUCUGCCGUACCGUAGAUGCUUUUAUCUAUGUCAUAGAUUCAACUUUAUCAGCAACUGGCGAAAGUAAUCAGGAGUUUUAUACCAUGGUGAAUGAGCGCUGGUCAGCUACACAUGUUCCAGUUCUAGUAUUAUCCUGUAUUAAAAACUCCAAUGCUUCCCGUAUCCCUUGCAUCAAAGUCGUGGAGAAGCUUGCAAUGUCCAACAUGAACAGACCAUGGCAGGUGCGAGAUUGUGAGGCAGAGAAUCUGACAGAGGUUUUAGAAGGAAUUCGGUGGGUGGUUGAACAGUCACAUCGACGGUGAAACUUCGUUGUGUAAUAAACACCUACAUGUCACCCCAAUAAGUGACAGACUAGACCCACGUCCAAGAAAAGGCUUCUAGUCAUUUCUCCUUGAAGAAGUCGUACUUUGGACUAUUAAGGCACCAAAAUGUGUCUGACCAGUCCCAUUUGAAGGAACAUCAUAUCCCAGGGAACAUCAGAGAAGCAAAUACAUGGAGUAUCUUUUGUGUAUGAGAAGAUCAGACAAAGUUACACAUUUAGCAGGAAAUAAAUGCUUGGCCAGAACUGGUUCAGAAGCAAGAUUACUUCUCUUGUCCAUCUUGCAUUGAACAGAGGCCUGUAGCUUUAGUAAGUUUUAAUCUUAUAAAGACUUACCACCGUCUCCAGAAUUAAACAAGAUUGAAUAUCAUUCUUGAUGUUAGACAUGGCAGAAUGAAUCUAAUGGUGAGUGCCAUGUUAUAAUUAUAUAAAGUAUUUUGAGGAUAUUAUUUAUACUUAUGUACUACAAGUUCAUGUUAUAGUUUGUAAUGCCAUGUGCCGUCAUAAUAUGAUUAUCUUCCUGUGAAGGAGAAAGGAACCAAUGUUUAGGAUUUAAAUUGAAUAUUGGACCUCUGAAUUGUUUGGUUGUGAUUUAUGAGUUUUUGUGAUGAUUUUAACAGAAUUUGUUUUCACCUUAAAUAAUACAUGUAUGUCAUAUACAUAAUUGUACUUAGAUAAUGAAUAGAAUGUAUUUUAUCACCUGUUUCUAUAUAGAAGUCGUUUUAAGAUUUUUUGGAACAAAAAAACAUACUUUUUGCCAAUUCAAAAUAAUUUAAGCAAAGAAAUAAUAAGAAAAAAACGUUCUUUCUGAAAGCUCAAGUGCCAAAGAUGUGUUGAACCCACCAGAUAGUAGCAGUAAUGAGAUAAAUUUGAACCCACCAGAUGGCAGCAGUAAUGAGACAAAAUGUAUUAUUAUAUUUAGCUUACAUAGUCAGUAUACAUUAUAUGUAGACAAUUAUAGAUGUAUUGACAGACGAGGCGAGUGCCUGUGUGUGGACAGUAGAAUAUAGUUAAUGUUACUGCCUUCUACAUCAUAUAAUUUUUUUCAAUGUCACAUUUUUUUUUUGCCAUAUUGACUAUUUUCACAUUUAAUAACUGUUGUGUGAUAGGACAUGUAACGUAGAUACAUAUAUCUAUCAGCUCUGGAUUGUGAAUGGAUGUUGAUAUGAAUGAAGGUGACCUCUAUUAACCUUUUCAUGUCCAACUGGUGAAUCAAUCCCUGAUGGCCAAGGCUAUGUGAAAGGCAAGUGUAUCACCACUAGACCACCCAUAUAUGGAUAUUAUACAUUAUUAAUGUAUGUGAGAAUGCACUGUGAUACAAAUUGUUUGAAUAAUUAAUAUAUUUAUACAUUAUUUUUACACAAACGUAAACAUUAUAUUAUUAAAUUUUAUGGUUAUGUAACUUCA